GUGUUUGGUGUGCCGGAACUAGGCGGUUUAUCUCUAGUGGGAGGAGGUUUGUGUUCAACUCAGAGAAGGUAUUUGCGUGAAUCCUGUCAAACAAACUCACCGUGUCCUUUAGAAGCGCUGGAGAAAUCGCCAUUCUUUUGACAGGGGUCCUUUUGCGACCAGCAGACCGGUGAGAUUUGUGCAGUUCUCGUGUUUUGUCAUGAGAUCAUUGCGGACAUUUCCGUUACAUGAAGUGGACGUUUUGUUUAGCUAGCAAGGCAGCGGCAAUGCGCUAACGCCAGCUGGUAUAUUAACGACAGGGCUCUUGGAGGCCCGGUUCACACGGGACUUAAAGGGUCCCGGGAAGCCACCAGCGCUGCAACCUUUUAGAUAAGAGCUUGCUUGGUGGGAAGCGGAGGGUGGUCGCUGCUGCGGUGCUAGCAUUAGCUGCUAGGCUAAUGUCCGCGGCUUGCUGGAGUUCGUGUUAACAGGAGCUAAACGCUCCUCUCUUCAACUCGGAGACGCAGAUGCCCUCUGAGCCCUGACCGCAGAAACCCGUUUUCUGCUUUGCGGUGAGGCCAUGACGGCUGCCAACAUCACCAGGGAGAUCCUGCACAGGCAGAUCAGGGACAGAAGAGCGCCGGGCUUCCAGAGGUCUUUUCAUGUGACCGACCCCUUCAUUAAGAGACUUGGACUGGAAGCUGAGCUUCAGGGCCACACCGGCUGUGUGAACUGUUUGGAAUGGAACGAACAAGGAGACCUGCUGGCUUCCGGCUCAGACGAUCAACAUGCCAUCAUCUGGGAUCCAUUCAGACACAAGAAGCUGACGACUAUGCACACGGGUCAUGCUGCAAAUAUAUUUUCUGUCAAGUUCCUCCCUCACACAGGGGACAGGAUCUUGAUAACAGGCGCAGCCGACACAAAGGUCCACGUCCAUGACCUGACCGUGAAGGAAACCAUCCAUAUGUUCUCCGAUCACACCAACAGAGUUAAGCGCAUCGCCACAGCACCGAUGUGGCCCAACACCUUCUGGAGUGCUGCAGAGGACGGCAUCAUAAGACAGUAUGAUCUGCGGGAGAACAGCAAACACUCUGAGGUUCUGAUUGACCUGACAGAGUUCUGUGGUCAGCUGGCUGAGGCCAAGUGUCUCGCUGUGAAUCCACGGGACAAUAACUACCUGGCGGUGGGAGCCAACGGGCCGUUCGUUCGUCUCUAUGACAUCAGGAUGAUUCACAACUACAGGAAAUCUUUGAGUCAGAACACAUCAGCGGCUGUUCACACUUUCUGUGACAGGCAGAAGCCCAUCCCAGACGGGGCUGGGCAGUACUAUGUAGCAGGCCACCUGCCGGUGAAACUGCGAGACUACAACAACCGGCUGAGAGUCCUGGUGGCCACCUAUGUCACCUUCAGCCCCGACGGCACAGAGCUGCUCGUGAACAUGGGUGGGGAACAGGUCUAUCUCUUUGACUUGACGUUCAAGCAGAGGCCGUAUACCUUUGUGCUUCCAAAAACGUGCCAGUCGUCAACAGAUGUCCAGAACGGUAAGACAACCAACGGCGUCUCCAAUGGCAUGCAUCUACCACCCAGCCACAUUCGCUUCGCCGAGAGCAAAACACAGCCCAGUUCUACUGAGCUCCCUCCUCACUUGGAGAAGAUAAAGCAAAAGGCCAAUAACGCCUUCGCCCGCCAGCAGUGGACCCAGGCUAUCCAGCUGUAUAGUUUGGGCAUUCAUGAGGCCAGGGGCAACGCCAUGCUCUACGGGAACCGGGCUGCAGCUUAUAUGAAGCGUAAAUGGGACGGAGACCAUUAUGACGCCCUGAGGGACUGCGUGGAGGCUCUCGCGCUGAAUCCGGGGCAUCUGAAAGCACACUUCAGGCUGGCACGGUGUCUCUUUGAGCUGAAGUAUGUGGCCGAGGCUCUGGAGUGCCUGGACGAUUUCAAGGGCAAAUUUCCGGAGCAAGCACACAGCAGCGCCUGUGAUGCCUUGGAUAAAGACAUCAAGGCUGCGCUUUACUCCAAGUCUGAUUCAGAAGAUAAAAAGGGCAACAGCUCCAUGCGUUUCCAGUCGUUCAGCCGUAAGGAGUCCAUCCCUGAGGACGAGGUGGUUCUUAGGGAGCGCAGCUUUGACUACAAGCACAGAUACUGCGGCCACUGCAACACCACCACCGACAUCAAGGAGGCCAACUUCUUCGGGAGCAAAGGCCAGUACAUCGUGAGUGGCUCAGAUGAUGGCUCUUUUUUCAUCUGGGAAAAGGAAACGACUAACCUGGUGAGGAUCCUUCAGGGAGAUGAGUCAAUAGUCAACUGCCUACAGCCCCACCCAAGCUACUGCUUCCUGGCCACUAGUGGCAUCGACCCGGUGGUUCGGUUAUGGAACCCAACACCAGAGACCGACGGUGACAACGGCCGUGUGGUGGAGGACAUGGAGGGAGCGGCUCAGGCUAACCAGCGGCGCAUGAAUGCCGACCCGUUGGAGGUGAUGCUCCUGAACAUGGGCUACCGCAUUACGGGCCUGCGCGGCGUUGGCCCCGACGGUUCAGACGACGAAGACAGCUCAGAGGGACCGGUGCAGUGCAGGACGACCUAAACGGACCCCCGUCCAUUCAGUAGAAUGGCCGCAGGAAGCGAAGGACUCUCCCCGGACUCCGUUUUAAUACCUGAACCCCGCUUCCCCGUCUGACAGAACACUGACCGACCGUGGCGUCGCACAUCUGCACUAUGCACCAGCCUCCCUUCGUCCCGCGCCGGGACUGGUGGAGAGGAACGCUUGGAGCGCAGCAGCAGCAACAACAACCCCCUUCUAAUGCUUUCCAAGCCCCGAUAGCACCCACUGCACAGUGGCAGAGGGUGGGAGCGGCUUUUUGAGGAGAGCAGCUUCAACGUCAACCCCCAGUUUCUCACAGAGCAGGAGGUGUGCUGCACUUAUACCUUCUCAGGUUUCUGUUGGAGCGUCGCCCAGCGCCAAGAAGCAGCAGCCGCUGUGGAUUCCACCGACCUAUUUUCAGGUCGGUGCGCGGCCCGCUGUGGGACGGCAGGACGGAUCCGCUGUCCGCGUCCCGGCGCCCGCUCGUGUUGGAAGAGCUGCCGGUCGCCGGUCCCACGCCGGACUCAGUCCUGCGCUCAGACGGAGCGUCUGUUACAGGAAGUCGCUGGGAUGAAAGCGUAGCGCCUCGCAUUGUGAUCACCGUUGCUCAAAUAAACUGUGUUUAUAGUCAGGAAAGACGAGAGUUUUCUUCUGCCAAAGUUUACCAUCUGUGUUUUUAAACCGCCAAGGAUUAAUGUCUGGGUUUUUUUUUUUUUUUUCCCUCCGUUUAAUUCACACAUGAUUUGGCUAAUUUUAGUUUAGCGCUUAUGCAAACGAAUAGGAUUAUUGACGAGGUAGUAUUUGUAACACAAAUAACUUUCUAAUAGUUUUUUUUUUUUUUUCACUACCAUUAUUUGCACAUGCAUUCAAGAUGUACUUUCAAACUUCUUUUAUUUAGGUAUAAGUGAGAGAUUUGUGUUAGAGGUUGGCUCAGAUAAUUGUGACCGUGGGGUCCCCGGCCGCAUGGCUUUCCCGUCAGUCCGCUGCUGCAGUCGGGCUUUCAGCUUGCAUGAGGCUCCUCACAAUGAAGCUGUGAGGUUUAAAAAAAAAAAAGAAAAAGAAGAAGCUCAGCCAUCAGGUGCACAGAGCACAGCUCAUUGAAUUUCCUUUGACCCCGAAUAAAACAGUGUUAAUGAAUGUGUCCUCAGUGAAUCACUUGGCUUCCACGUGUUUUACCUUCAUUUGCGCUUUUGUUUUUUUUUUCUUUCCUCCUCCAGGGGAUCCUGUAAUAAGCUUUGAUUUAAGCAAAAAUAAAAUUAAAAGAUUAUUAAACUGC